AUGGGUGUCAGCGGCCACAUCAGGCUUGAUGUGAUCUCUCCUCAUCCGUCCACGAUUAAGCCAGAGGAGCCACGGAACUUACUGGUCUACCUCCCACCCGGACCUUCAAUUGGCCAUGACAGUACAAGCACGCCCUCAGUACAGAGACUGGCAUGUUUCCAGGCCUUCCUUCCUCCCACAACCUCGCAUGUUGUCAUAAACUACCGGCUGGGGCUAAACGAGGAUUCGAGCGAAAUCACACGUUUCCCCGUCCCUAUCCACGACGUGUCGACCGCGUUUGAGUUUUUAACCUCCUCAACAUCGCCCUUCAACCGCGGUCAAGACCGUGCGCCCCGAAUAUGCCUUGUUGGGAGCCACAUUGGCGGAGCUCUGGCGACCAUGCUGGCACUGACGGAGCCAAACAGUGUCCAUGCCCUUGCUGCAAUUGAGCCCAUGGUCGAUUGGGUCGGACUGGACGAGUUGGUGGAACAAUUGCUUGCCGCGGAGUCUCGGAAGAGGCAUAUCCAGAAAACGGCAGCACGGUAUGGGGUGGACAAUCCUUCCGUGCUCGCCGCGGCGGAGGAGCUGAUCAAACUACGGGCGAAACUGUUCGGCACCCCAUCGUCUUAUUUCGAUCCGUUUGCAAGUCCGACGUUGUUUUUACGAGCACCAGGACGGGAUACACCGUGGAGCACGACAGUAGGUGACCGCCUGGUAAGCGAGAUGGGACUCGACGAGAACGACGGCGGCUCUGACAAUGAGAGCAAUGGGAAUCAGUCCAGUGACACCAUGUCACAGCCAUAUGCUUCGUCGACCGCCUCCACCACAAGCAGUGAAACGGUUGAAGCGGCUUUAGUGACCGACAAUCAAGCAAUUUCCUCAAAGGACACAGAGUCAUCACCACGGAGACGUAAAGUCCUCCGCCGCUGGCCGGCCAUCGGCAAUCCGGACUCGGUGCUCCUCCCUCACGUUAAGGUGAUUGUGCGAGGCCAGUUAACCGCUACUCCUGUUACUACUCCUCUUCCGUCUGAUCGCAAGGCAGUAAGCAUUGGCCUCGGCCUGGCGGCGUUGAAGCAUGCGCAAGGCAUCGAGCUCGCGGAGCUGAUGCGCAGAGCGUGUUUUCUCGGGCGAGAGCGAGGUUUUGCGGAGGAGAGGGUCUCACUACAUGAAGAGAAAGACGCCACGAACAGUGACCUCCCACACGAUAGUACCGAGUGGGCAAAAUUGUCCGUGCUGGGCAACUUGGAUCCAAGGAAAGAGGUGGCUCCAGAUCUACGGUCAACUGCCGUCAACUGGCUGCAUGGGAUGUUCCAACAAGAAUAA